CAGGAGCUGGAACUCAAUGGGAAACUCGUGAGGCCAAAGGCAGGAGGGCGAAGCUGCCCGACAGGGAGAGCGGAGGCGCGCAUUCAGCACUUUGGUCCAGAGCGCGGAGGCGCGCCCGCGCGGGACCUCGCGGAACCACCAGCGGUGGUCGGUUCAGCCGGCGGGGGGGGGCUGCGGAACGGCAGGUCUCAGUGGACCGGCUCGGACACACACACACUUUCUUUGUAGGAAUCUGAUUGUCCGGCACUCGUGUCCAAACAAGGCAGAAGCGAUCAGAAACGCUGAGACUCGGGGGAAGUUCUGAGUGUGUGUGUUUGUUUAAGAGCUGCGUUUGCUUUUCGCUGCACAUGUAGUAGGACAAAAGAAGAGAAACUUUUCUGCGUCCACAUUUUGUUACGGUCGUUGCUGCCAGAUGUCACUUUUUUUAAAAAAUUUGUUCGCAUUGUCCUGGCUUGUGGAACUAGCAGGAUUCUUCACAACUCUUUACCAUGGGCUAUGGUAAAGCAAAAAUUGGGAAAGUUUUCCCGGCCGUCACGGCUGGGUCCCCCCGGCUUCUGCUGGACUUUGGGCUCUACAUUCCCACAUGGGAUGUUUUAAGUUGAACUCCUACACUUGGUAACUACUUGCGAGGAGAUGGUGGUGGUGCGACAACCAACUGGGUGAAACACGGGUGGAAAAGUCGCGUUUCCUCCCGCCACGGGACGGUGACCCGCCGUGGACGUCUGAACCGCAGCGAAUUUACAGUCUGAUCACAGUCUGCCUUUUUUUUUCUUUUUCUUUUUCCACUUGCGCCACACUUUUUACUUUUAUACUUUAUUAUAAUGCCCUCCCUCGCUGUUUCUGAGGAGCCCAGCGCUUCGGAGACGCAGAUGGGCCCCGGCUUCUCGGCGUUCCUCCGCGUCGCCGCGCUCCUCCUGCCGCUUCUUGGCAGCGCCGCCUCGCCGUUUUCCGUCGCCGACUGCAAGUCGUACGACGAGCGUCCGAGGAGCGCGAGCAGCGCGAGCAGGACGGCGGGAACGGGGUCCGCGGGGCUCGAGAGGAAGGUCGUGUGCAGCAACAUGGACAUCGGGCACGUGACACCGUCUCGCGGCUUCCCGGAGAGGACCGUCACCUUGAUUCUGAGCAACAAUAAAAUCCAAGAGUUGAAAAACGGCUCCUUUAUGGGCCUCUCUGCCCUGGAGAGACUGGACAUUCGGAACAAUAUCAUCAGUCACAUAGAGCCGGGUGCCUUCCUUGGGCUGCUGAACCUCAGAAGGCUAGACUUGUCCAACAACAGGAUUGGCUGCAUGCGCGCCGACAUGUUCGCCGGCCUCCCAGGUCUCGCUAGAUUAAAUCUUUCAGGGAAUAUGUUUUCCUCUGUGCCGCCAGGAACUUUUGACAGCCUUACGUCUCUGAAGACAGUGGAGCUCCAGACAGCUUUCCUGCUGUGUGACUGCAGCCUGCUGUGGCUGCUGCACUGGGCCAAGGAGAGGGGCGUUGCCAUGAAGGACACACGCUGCUCGUACCCACGUGCCCUGCGGGGCCAGCCAAUCGCCUCCCUCCAGCCUGACCUCCUGACCUGUGAUGCUCCUCUGGAGCUGCCGUCCUUCCAGAUGACGCCGUCGCAAAGACAGAUCGUGUUCCGGGGCGACAGCCUGCCUUUCCGCUGCCUGGCGUCCUACGUUGACAAAGACAUGCAGGUGCUUUGGUUCCAGGACGGCAGGAUGGUGGAGCCCAACGCCACUGAGGGCAUCUUCAUCGAGAAGAGUGUGGUCCAGAACUGCUCGCUCAUCGCCAGCGCUCUGACUCUCUCCAACGUCCAACCGGGCUCCACGGGCAGCUGGGAGUGUCUGGUGAGCACCAGGCGGGGCAACAGUACCCGUGCCGUGCCCAUCGUGGUACUGGAGAGCUCUGCCAAGCACUGCCCCCCGGACCGGGUGACCAACAACAAGGGCGAGUUCCGGUGGCCACGCACGCUGGCUGGUAUCACCGCCUACCUGCCCUGCAGCCGCCCGGCCUCUGGGACAGGCAUCUACGCGGGCACACCUGGCGAGGAGCAGCGAGCGUCGCGGGGAUGCGGCAUCGAUGGCCGUUGGGCCGAGGAGAACUACUCCCACUGCCAGUACAGCAAUGAUGUCACCCGUGUGCUGUCCAUCAUCAACCAGAUGCCCCUGAACUUGACCAAUGCUGUGACCACAGCCAGACAGCUUCUGGUCUACACUGUGGAGGCCACCACCUUCUCUGACAAGAUGGACAUCAUCUUCGUGGCGCAGAUGAUUGAGAAGUUUGGCAGGUUUGCCGAGAAAUACAAAGAGCUGGGGGACGUCAUGGUGGACAUCUCCAGCAACCUGAUGCUGGCGGACGAGCGGCUCCUGUGGCUGGCCCAGUGGGAGGCUCAGGCCUGCUCCCGUGUCCUCGAGUGCCUGCAGAGGAUUGCCAGCCAUCGACUCACCAGCGGAGUGCAGGGCUACACCACCAAUUCCCACAACAUCGCCCUGGAAGCUCACACCAUCAAAGCCAGCAGCUUCAAUGGCAUGACCUGCACACUUUUCCAGAAGGUGACCGUGGACCGUGGGGCACCGCGCGAACUCAGCGGCCGCAGCUCGGACGUGAACCUGGACAGGCAGUUGAGCUUCAAGUGUAAUGUCAGCAGCACCCUGUCCAGUGUGGCCCUCAAAAACACCGUUCUGGAAGCAUCCAUCCAGCUGCCGCCCUCACUGCUCUCCAAGCUCCCUGGUUAUGGCCUGGAGGAGACUGUUUACAGGUUACAGCUACUAGCUUUCAGGAAUGGAAAACUUUUCCCCUCCACCAGCAACUCCAGCCUGCUGGCAGACCAGGGAAGCCGGAGGGCCGUUGCCAGCCCAGUCAUCCUCAUCAGUAUCGAUGGCCACCCGCUGACAACCCUCCAAAGCCCAGUGAAUGUGAUGCUCCGGCGGUUCACUCAUGGUUCCGAUCCAGUUGCCGCGCACUGGAACUCGACCCUGCUGGAUGGUCAAGGCGACUGGGAUCCCACUGGUUGCCACAUCCUCCGCUCCGACAGUAACUUUACCACAAUCUCCUGCAACUUGCUGGGCAGCUAUGCUGUACUGACGGAUGCGAGUGGAGCAGAGCUCUUUCCCCAAGCUACUCCCAUGUUGCACCCAGUUGUCUAUGCCACAGCAGCCAUACUGCUGCUCUGUCUGCUGGCUGUCAUCAGCAGCUACAUCUGCCACCACAGGUCUGUGCGGAUCAGCCGUAAGAGCUGGCACAUGUUGGUGAACCUGUGCCUUCAUAUAUUGCUGUCAUGCGUGGUGUAUGUCGGGGGUGUCACCCAGGUACGCCACACCAGCGUCUGCCAGGUGGUGGGCAUAGUGCUGCACUACUCCACUCUGGCUACUGUCCUUUGGGUAGGAGUCACAGCACGCAACAUCUACAAACAGGUGACCCGCAAGGCCAAGAGCUAUGAGGAGCUGGACGAACCCCCACCCCCUCCCAGACCCAUGCUCAGGUUCUACCUGAUAGGUGGGGGUAUCCCCAUCAUUGUCUGUGGUAUCACUGCAGCUGCCAACAUCAGGAACUAUGGAAGCCAAGUCAAUGCACCUUACUGCUGGAUGGCGUGGGAACCCAGUCUGGGGGCCUUCUAUGGCCCUGUGGGCUUCAUCGUGUUGGUGGACUGCUUGUACCUCCUCAGCAUCUUGGUCCAGCUCCAUCGCCACCCAGAUCGACGCUACGAGCUGAAGGAUGUGGCUGAGGAAGAGCAGCGGUUGCAACCUGAUGGUCCGCUCCCUGCUGUCUCCCAAAGCAACCAGCUCACCGACCCACCCGCAGGUCUGGAGAAUGAGCAUUCAUUCUGGGCCCAGCUGUUGGGCGUCUCUGUGGCCCUCGUGCUCUUUGUGGCCCUUUGGGCAGCAGGAGCCCUGGCUGUGUCCCAGGAGCCCCCACUGGACCUGCUUUUCUCCUGCCUCUUUGGGGUAGUGGCGCUUGGUUUGGGCUCCUUCCUGGUGACCCAUCAUUGCACCAACAGGGAGGACAUGAGACGCCUUUGGCUGUCAGCCUGCUGUCCUGGCAGGUGGGACUACCUGAUGCAGGUAGACGGCCCGCUGGCCAAGCCCAGCACGGCCAAAGGCUGUGACCCCAAGUCAUCUGGCAGUGGCGCAGAGUCCUCCUGCACCAACAAGUCCACUUCCAGCACCAAGAAUUCCUCCCAGGGUUGCAAACUGACCAACCUGCAGGCGGAGGCUGCACAGUGCAAACCUCUCCCACUCCUGCCCACCAGCAAUGGGACGUCAGCCCUGCUGGACAGCAGUGCAACAGAGCACUCUGUGGACAGCGAGCUGCAGAUGCACGUGGCUCCCAUCGAGCUGAUGCUCCGCCCCAACGGGCAAGCGGGGAGGCCCCACAGGAGCCGGGCCCGGGUGCAGCGGGCCGGCCGGCUCGCCGUUUUGCGGGAGUAUGCGUACGACGUUCCCACCAGCGUGGAGAGCAGCGAGCCUAACAGGCCAUGCGGGAGCCGGCGGACCGGACUGGAGGGCACCCGUCGCAGUCGUCGUGCAUAUAGAGAGCGCUUUCAAAGCCGGAGCCAGGGCCAACUGGACAGCAGCGAUGGCAGCAGUGUGGCGCCUCGACGGUGCCGCAGCAUGGACGUAGCCAGCGGGCUCAGCGCUGUCAGCAGCGGCAGCAGCGCCACCGGGGAGGCAGAGGUCUCUGGUGGAGAGCCCCCAUCAGAUACCAACAAAAAGAACUUAGAGCCACACUUGAGCGUAGAGAACGAGGGACACUCCAAGUCAUAUGGCCUGAAUCUGACCAAUCAGAAUGGACUCACAAAAGACAGUGGGCGGGACUUGUCCUUAGUCGUUACAGGCGACAGUGGCAAUAUAAAGACCGGCUUAUGGAAACAUGAAACUACUGUGUAGUAAUUAUUUGUUUCCAGAAAAAAAUGUCCCACUUUUUAUCUUCAAAAGAGUCUGAAAAGUGUAAAUAUGUGAAAAGCCCCAGAAUAUAAAUAGUGAAAAAUGGAGGAAAAAAAGGGUUGACUGUAAGAGGUUGCAGUUGAUUGCAGUUGCUUUUCUGAAGUCACAUAUUUUUGUACCACACUUACUGUAUUAUAAUGUUAUGAUAUUACAGGCUUUCCUUGACUUGUAUUUCUACUUAAUUUUUAAAAAUUUCUUAUACAAAACUGCAUGGCCUGCAUUGCCCUGGCUAUACAAAACUCUGGGCUGCUUUUUUUUUUUU